AUGGCACGCCAUGCAGUGACGCUGCGGGCACGGAGGAUAGCCGUCGUGGGCGCAGGACCAUCUGGCCUAGCAGCUGCAAAGUACUUGCGAGCUGAAAAGGCCUUUGACAAGAUUGUGUUGUUUGAGCACCGCCGUAGCUCUGGUGGACUGUGGAAUCAUACGCCUGAUCAGACAAGCGAGGACAUCUUCACAAUCCCGCAGACUGAUCCCAAGGGCCAAAAUCAAGAUCCGCUAUGGAAAAAUGCGGCUGCAGAUGACACAGCCGCCGAUGGAAAGAUUGCAUCCUUCUUGUCACCAAUCUAUGAAGAGCUAGAGACAAACAUACCCAGAGGACUCAUGGGUUUCAAAGGUCUAGAUUGGCCUCAAAAUACUCCCCUCUUCCCCAAACACAGAACUGUCCUGGAAUACAUACAGGAUUAUGGGAGAGACGUCCAAGGUCUUAUUCAAUACGAGACUCAAGUCAUUAAUGCAGAGCCGACCAGCAACGAGCCGAACAGCACAUGGAAUGUUACCGUCAGAAACCUACGGACCAAGAAAGUGACCAAAGAAAUAUAUGAUGCCAUCAUCGUGGCGAGCGGCCGGUUUACUGUUCCCAAUGUCCCCGAUGUCCCAGGCAUUAGAGAGUGGAACAAGCAAUAUCCAGGCUCAAUCACGCACUCAAAGUACUAUAGGCGUCCAGUAGAUUUUGCCAACAAAAAAGUAGUGGUUGUUGGUAACGCAGCUUCCGGCGCCGACAUAAGCGAUCAGAUUGCCAAUCACUGUCAGACCCCAUUGAUAUGGUCUGCUCGCUCAUUCUCCCCUUUCUCUGCAAAUGCAGCCAAAGACCCACGGCGCAAGGUAUAUGGGGCCCUCAAAAGGUUCCUGCCUAGUACCCGAAGCGUAGAAAUGGAAGAUGGCACGAUAAUAGAAGACGUCGACGCCAUCCUCUUUGCUACGGGAUACUUCUACAGCCUCCCGUUCCUGGAGCACGUAAAGCCUGCGCUUAUAACAGAUGGAAGCCAUGUGGAAAACACAUACCAGCAUCUCUUCUAUGCCCCCCAACCCACCCUCUCCUUCCUCGUUCUGAAUCAACGCAUCGUACCAUUCCCAAUAGCAGAAGCCCAGUCCGCGGUCCUCGCUCGCGUAUAUUCCGGCCGCCUCGCCCUUCCCUCCCUUCAAGAUAUGCAAGCCUGGCACGUGGCGCGAAGAGCGGAAAUCGAAUCCGAUCGCAACUUCCAUCUUCUGCUCUUCCCCAAGGACGGCGAGUACAUCAACAUGCUCUCCACUUGGGCCCUGAGCGCGCCGCCACGAUCAGAUCUAGAUAACGACGGCAAGGGAAAGAUCCCGCCUCUCUGGGGCGACCGGGAGUUUUGGUGUCGUGAGCAUGUUCCCGCCAUCAGAGGCGCGUUUGGAAUGUUGGAGGAGGAGAGGAAGAAGCACAUCACUAGGAUCGAAGAGGUCGGAUUCGAUUACGAGCAACACUUGAAGAAACAAAAUGGAGAUGUGGAAACGGAUAAUGUGAUUGCAGGAUAG